CUUCAUUAUAUCCAAAUUUAAAACAUCUUAAUUUAUGGGAUAAUCAAAUGAUAACUGAUGAAGGACUAUGUCAAAUUGCACAAUCAUGCAAUAAAUUGGAAUAUUUAAAUAUUUUUUAUUCGUAUUGGAUUACUGAUAGAACUGUAAGUUGUAUUUUAAACUCAUACUCUAAUUUACGAUGCUUAGAUAUAUGGGGUAGUAGAGGAAAAAUCAAAGAUGCUACUAUUAUCAGAUCUUCUCCAAAUUUAAAAUAUUUUGAUAUUUCUGGUAACAAUAUCGGAGAUGAGGUUGUUGAAGCAGUAGCUAGUACAUGCCAUGAAUUGGAAUAUCUUGAUCUUGGAGGGUGUGGAUUCAUUACCGAACCAUCGGUAUAUAAUGUUAUUCGAUCAUGUCUCAAACUAAAGCAUCUUGAACUUGGAUUUUGUAACAUUUACAAUAAAACCAUUAAAGAAAUAGCCUGUUCGUAUCCUAAUUUAAAAUAUCUUGAUUUGGAUAGCUAUAAAAAAAAUAUUAGUAGAAAAGUUGUAAAACGACUUAAUCCGAGUAUAUAUAUUGAAAAUUACGAUUCAUCAUAUGAAUGGUCCAAUUCUGAAUCGUCUGAUACUUCUGAUUCUGAUCCGAUGACAACACACAGAGCGGGGUAA